GGAACUGUAAGUGGGAGCAUGGUAUUUGUUCCCUAUUUUUGGAUUUGGCCUCAUCCUUCUUCCUGGCUUCGGAUGUUGAUGGACCUGCAUGGAGAGAAAAGGAGCAGGAGGGACCACUGCAGACACCAUAGUUAAAAUUGAGAUUGUGAAGAUGUUUUUAAUAUAGACAAGUAGAAUUUAAAUUUUUAUUCUCAAAAGUUUUUUUAAAUUUUCUUUCUUCAAAAUUUUGAUACUUUGAGUGCUUCAAAAGCACUGGAAAUCAGUCAUUCAAUUCCUGUACUGAAGAAUAGGGAUUGAAAUCCCAUUUUACCCUGUAGUCCUUUCUAGGAGUUUUAAACUGAUGCCAUCUUAAGCUGAGGAGAGCUUUAACUGUCAGCAUGAGAGGAGUAUCUCAAAUAAGGUCUUGAAAACCUUUACCAGAGGCAAUAUCUGCUGUAUGAGACAGUUUAGAAAAGGGAGUCAGAAAGAGCAGUGGGGAUGUUGAAGACUCUUGCCCUGCUGGUGGACUGGAAUCAGUCUGUCUCACAAUGAAAAUGUGUUUACGCAAACAAUGUGUCAAUAAAAGACUAAGCACCGUCACGGGAACUCUCCCAGCCUGGUAGUUAAGUUGUUCUGGGAAGGGCAGAGGGCGGAUUCAUACGUAUUUAGGCAGAGGGAAUUGGAUUGUGCUCUCCAGCUUUCUGGGUGAAUAAACAAACUCCUAAGCUACUCUAUAAAAGACAUAAUGUCACCAGUUUGGUGACUAGUUCCCCAGUGUGUUUUUUCCAGGUGAGACUGGCAAGUUUGACCCUGUUUUAGCUUUUCUGGAAUGGCUGCAGUUUGCCAAUUUUGGUCAACUUGCUACAAAAAAAUCACCCAAACUCUUUCCUGCUACAGCCCUUACAGAACAAGAAUGAUUUUGGUUUUUUUUCCCCUGUAGUUAUUAAAACAGAUCUAGCAAAGAAAGAAAAUUGAUUAUCCAGUUUAUCUGGGUUGGAAACAGGUGUUUUUCCUCAUAGGUGUUUGUUGUUACUAAUUUAAGAGUGAAUUUUCUGUAACAUAGGAAAAAUCCUUUAUCAUCAUGUGCAAGUUUGGUUCACUGACAUAUCUUGUUUAUCAUCUUACUCCAAACUUUUCCAAAGUCCACAGUAUCUUCUUUAUUGUGUAUACAUUGUCAUAAAAAAACCCCAAACAAACCUAAACCUAUUUACAGUCCUAUUUUCCUCAUUCCUGAAACCUCCUAACCUGGUUGACUCGUUGGAGUGCAUUUCAUGCAUUCUUAGCAGAUAGGCUGAAGGAAACGCCUCGUUCUGCGCAGCUGGAGGCUAGAAAGUGUGGGGAGUUGAACGUGGCUUGUCUUUUGCUGCAGUCACUGCAGUGCACACAGAGCUGGCCAGACCCAGUAAGGAUCCCGACCUGCUGGGCACAGUAUGAGUGUCCCACAUCUGAAAAAUCUGACUGGUGUGACACUGCUACUGACAGUGAGUUAAGGUAGGAGAAUUCACUGACUUCCUCAAAUGUUCCCUUACUUGACGAAUAACUUGAUGAGAAGGAAUGCCUGCUUGUUGAAUUGUGGUUUAAUACUUGGGAAGUGAGAGAUUUUUGUUUUUCAAACUGGUUUGAGCAACAUGAAAUCAAGAAUGAAGAGUUCCCUGCUGAAUGCUCCAGUGCUGGUAAAUUGAUAUGCUGGCAAGUGUGGGGAAUGUGAAAAAUACUGUAAAGUAUUAGGUCUUGUGGUGAGCUGUCAAAAGCCACAACUCUUAAACCUGUGUUGACCAUGGGUCCUUGUCCACUUGAAGGAGAAAUAACUUGGACAAAUACUUGCAUUAUUUUGCCCUUAUUAACCUAUUCUAAGUGUAGUGAGAUAUGAGCUGAAUCCAUUUAAUCCUGAGCUCUACUUCUGACAGUGGUUUGUGUCAGACACAAGUUGGAAGGAUUUCUGCCUUUUGCAGACCUUGUGCUGGGUGAUGAAAUAAUAGGAAGUUCAGGUAAUGAAGACUACAGUGCUGCAAAUUCAGGUCCCAUGUCCUGGGACAUUAGAAUCCUUAUGCCCAUAUGAUCAGUGAGAGGACUGAGAUGUAACCUAGAUUAUACCCAGCCUUCCUCUGCCUACUUGUUGGAAAUCGCAAGAGAUUUUUAAGGGAAACACUGGAAGAAAAGAGAUAAAUGACCUUUUUUUUCUUUAAAAUAUCUUUAAAAUUAUUUUAAAAUAUCUUUAAAAUUUAUCUUUAAAAUUAUCUUUCCAACAUUAUAACUGGUCACAGUCACACAAGCUGCUGCACACAAAUAAAGGAUGCUAAAGGAGCCCAGAAUUAAUGUCAGGAGCUAGUUAAGCAUGUUAAUAAAGUGGUACAAAGAUGUAAUGGCUUGUACCGAGUGAAGAAUGGGAAAACUGAUCCUCUGGGACAGUGCUAAUGCUUCCUAAAUUGUAUGUUGAUGUGUAGUGCUGGCACAGAGUAGGAAAAGCUGCUUUGCUUCUUGCUGUCAAGAUGACUUCUUGUCCUUUCUCAGGCCAUUUGGUUGCUUAUGUCUUUGCCAAGCUUUCACUUCUUGGAUUGGAAUUUUCGAUGACAAGUGUUGGCCCCCAGUUGAGCAAUCAUAAAGUUCCCUAACCCAGAUCACAGCAUGCUUUCUAAAACAAGACAGAAAAACCAGCGUCUCUCUCUGUGCUCAAAGUACUUCCAGUUGUGUGGCUGGGUUGUGCUAGUUCCUGCUUCCCCUCAUGGACCUUGGAAAGGUGCCUGUAAAUUGGGAGGAAGUGUUUAAGUUUUCUAUGUCUGGGAAAGCUGGGUCAGUUUUAAAAUUGUGAAAGAUUGUCUUCUGAAUCAGAGUGUGACUCUGCAGUCGUGCUCCCACUGCUGUGUUUCGGUGAAUCUAUGAGAAUGGGGCAAAGCAAUAGAAAUUCUAAAAUUAGCACUAAAGAGCUCCUGAAUUUGGCCAUGAGUUAGCAUUGGUGACAGGAGAUUAGGGCUGGCUGAGCAAGGGACCGUGAGUCAGGGAGAACUGAACAGAGCACAAAGUGGUGGGAGAUGGAGGCAAACAAGCAAAACUAAAUAUGGAAGCAAAUAAUAAACAUGGACAAUAAGGUUUUAAGUGAAGGCUUAAACAUUAGAAUGGGGAUGGAUUAUGGCUUGACAACCUUAAUCGUCAUGUUUCCUAAUACUUUCUGAAUACUUGUCUUGCAGCCUGAGCAGUUUUUUUCAUGUGCAAGAAAAUUCUGAGAAAUCAUUUGAAGGCAGACUUCACAGGCACUUCAGGGUGUCCUUUGAGACACAGAUGAGUGCAGUGUUUAUUGGGAAGCUUCUGAGGAUUAGGGGAUGUAUGACUAGGAACGAAAUCAGAUGAAUGUAUUGAACUGGGUUAAGCAGUGGUGUGUAUGGCAGAGUGAGUUUGAUGGAAACACACAUCUAAUGAUUCAUGAGGUUUUAUGUGGUACUGCUGGCUAUUGGCCAAAGGUUGCCCUGAUCUCUGAUUUACCUUCGCUACCAAGGUAAAUCAAUUAUACUAUGCAGUUUUGUGAGCUGACAAUGAGCCUGGAAAGUUGAAUAGAAAGAGCAGGCACUUCACUGCAUUUGUAGCCUAAAUAUGAUUUUGAUUAGAGCAGGGCUUGUGAGCUCUGGCUGGGAACUUACUCACUUGUGGCCAGAAACUGUACAAAUGCAUUAAAAUUAGGCUUCUCCAGGGCAAGCAGGGACAUUCCUUGUCCUACUCUUACCAUACGUGGCAGCAGAGAUUUUUAAAGAGAACAAAAAAGAGUCUUAUAGUCUUCUGCUGACUUCCUGCAAACUAUUUUAGUGUAGUUCCUGCCAUAUACCUGUAAGUUCUGGUCAACCCACAGUGUGUGUUUUAGCAGUCUUGCUUCAAAGUUUUAAGCAGCUGGCAGAACCACCAUGUUCCUAGGUAAGUUGUUUCAAACAAAAAAAGGUUAUUUCUUUUGUUGUUUUGUGGUGGUUUUUUUACUUGAAUUUGCCAUCAUUUGAGUUUCCAAUAAUUUAAUCUGAAUGUCUUUUUCCAAUAGGUGAAGCAACUAAUUAUUCUUAGAAGUCUUUUUGUUUAGGAGAACUGUGCUGACAGUGAUUAAGGUACUUCAGAAUUUACCUUAUAUAAAACUAUUAUUUUCAGCUCUAAUGUAGUAUAAUGAGUUUUGGGGGUUUUUUUGCUCUUGUUUUAUUUUUUUUUUUUUCACUCUGUCAUUGUUUUUUGAACAAUACAAAAUACAAAAAAAUUGGACAAAGCAUUUUGAUGCGUUAACCCUGAAAUUUAUUCAGGGAUAGUGCCACCUCUGAAUUAUUUUAAAAGUAUUUCAGUUCUUCCAGAGGACACAUUCACACAGUACUACAUCCAAAGCCCAGACUUAAAAAGUCAGGGUGAGAAAUGAAAGCUGGUGGGUAGAUGUGCCCAUUCUGUCCAAGUAUUUCAUUUUAGAAGUAUCUAAUAAGGCAAUCAGUAAAGAAGAGGUGCAUGGAAAAAUCAAAAAAACAGAGAAUCUAUUCCUACUAAUAAGUGUUCUUCUGGCCCCUACCAUUUUUUGGAGGAAGCUGGGCUCACCACUCACUAGGCACUUGAAGUUGAAUAUUGCCUCUUUGACUUGUCUGGUUUUUCUGUGGUUGGUUUUUUUUUUAAUUUUUUUUGGUUUGCUUUUUUGGGUGGUGUUUUUUGUUGUGGUUUUUUUUUUUUUUUGUGUGUGUGUGUUUUUUUGUUUGUUUGUGUUUUUUGGUUUUGUUUGUUUGUUUUUGUCAGAGACUGUUGAUCAUUGAAAAUGGAAGAAACAAGGAAGAUUUCCCCAAAGCUGAGUAAAAGCAAAGAGCCUGUGAGAACAGAAUGGGGAUCUCAGAGCGUGGUGUUCACAUAUUUCCAAGGGGACAUUAACAGCAUGGUAGAUGAACAUUUUUCUAGAGCUCUCAGCAAUGCCAAGAACCCCCAAGACCUGAGCACAAAGCAUAAGGGUGAGACUGUCAUCCUGAAAAACGUAGACAGCCUGUCUCCCCAUCAGUGGAAUUUCUCUUCGCAUUGCUACAAACCAUAUCCAUCACCUUCUUCAACAAGCAUGGCAAAUUCUGCUCUGAAUUUUUCUGCUGCUGGAGUGGUAGGCCAGUGCCAGCCAUCGUCUCUGCGGAGUCGUCCAGCUCAACCUGCAGACUUAUGGUCCUUCCCUCCAGCUGGGACUCCCAGUGUCACCAGUUCAGUGUAUCCUCACACCCUCCCUGACCUGCAUACAGCCGAUGAGCUGAUCUCUGACAGGAAAUACAGUUCUCUCCUUGGCCUUCUGCAACAGGAAAGGUGCUUAACAUCCAUGCAAGAAUGCACCAUGAAGCAACACUCAAGUUCUGCUUGUAUGACUGGACCUGCGAGAUUACAAAAUAUGAGUCAAAGUUCAUCUCCUGGGGGAGAGAGGAGAGCAAGGUUGUACCAAGGCUCAGAAAAUCCCAGUGUAAGCCACGACACUGCAGGCAUUCAGAUUCAUGAGAGAAGACGAGAUUUGUACUUCUAGCAACUGAAUGUUUCUACUUUGUUCUGAAAGAGAAAGUUAUUUCUGUGAACUUUUAUUAUUUGCAACUGUGAAUCAAGAAGAAAUGAACUGCAGCUGUCCUGUGCUUUUUCUCUCAGCUGGAAGAAUACAUGUACUAUUUACUAUCUGGGGAAUGACAAAAUAAUCUUCUUCUAUACAGUAAAUAAUUUCUAAUGUUUGUGGUAUUAACCUGGCAGUAUGUUUGUUGUGGCAAUAUAUUGUCUAUUUAAGGCUUUUCAUGUAGCCCUCUUGAAAUGACUCCUGCCCUUUUUAAUCUUUCUGUGUUUAUUAAUUUACCACCUCCUGAUAAGAAGUACAAUUCUUAUCAAUGCAGCUGGUAACCCGUAAGUGCAGGGAUGCAGUUAGCAUAAAUUCAAUUUCUGCAACUUCUUUAGCUUGAUUUGAUAUCUCCAUAUUGUUUAAAACAGUCUUAGGCCACUGGCAAGAGACUACAACCACAGGCCAGAAAAGCACAUUAUUUAUGAUUCGAAAGUGCUGCAAUUUAUGACCAUACUUGCAAUUCCUAGGGAUACUCUUCAGAACGUAUAUAAUACACUUAUGCCUGAAGGCUCUGUUUUGCCCUCUCACUAAUGUAUCAUCAUCCUCUAGAAAAGCAGUGAAUUCAUAGAAGCUCUGAGAGGAAACCUUGAUUCUCAUUGGGUGCAAUUAAAAUACCAUUCAGCAAAAAUUUGCAGGUAGGAGUGUUCUAUUUUCCCAGCCUCUCUGCAGAUGUAAGAGAGUCUUUUUGUAAAUAAGCUCUGUGGGUUUAUUUUUUCCUUCUCCAUUGGCUAUGCCUUAAUGUAAUGUAAUAGAGCAUGAUUAGCUUUUCCUGACAACUCUAUGUAGUUGCUGAAGGCAAUUUGACCUUUGAGAUGGCAGAGCUUGUAAUUUUUAUAGAACAAAUCCUGAGCUGGUAUAAAUGUUUAUGACUGUUACAUCAGAUAUCUCUGCUGCCACAGCUUCAAUUAUAACACCUUGUGUAAUUGUAUAAAUAAUCUGAGUUUAGCAACAUCAAGUGUUUAUGGUACUAAUUUACAAACUGAGAUUUUUAAAGGAAUUAUUUUUCUUAAUUUUGCAAGUUUGCUCCAGUAGUUACAUGUUCUACAUCAAUGUGAGAUCACAAGGAGAGCUGUUUUAACUAAACUUAUAAAAGGUACACCAAUGCCCCGUCUCGCUAUAGAUGAGCACUAAAGAAAAACACACUCCUUUUUAAUAUUUCUACAAAAAUCAUUUUCUUCUCAUUUAAAUUUGCACAUAGUUCUCCAAGUAGUUUUGUUUUGUUAUCCCAAGUCACUAAUUGCCUGAUUUUUAAGGCUACAUGGUAAUAUAAUAUGACUUCCUCAGUGGCCAAAGCAACGAUUUCCAACCUGUAUUGUGUACUUCUCUCUUACUGGCAUGUGCUAUAAUUCUAGUGAAUUAUAAUUCUGUUGCUUAAAAUUAUUGAUUUUUUUUCCUUCCUCUUCCAUCGCUUCCAAAGGAAAAUGCUUAUAUAAUUUCUCUGCAAGGUCUGAAAAGACAGUCUAUUUAAAUGCUCUUAAAUGUAGUGUUUCCCUUGGGAGGCUGGGAAUAUUCAAGAUGACUUAUAAAGCCCUUGGUUCUGGUGAAUCAGACAAGUGGGGUUAGACAGUGUGGGGGGGAAAAAUGUCCUUGUUUUUAAAUGCGUGUCCCUUAUUGCAAGAACAUGAGGCAUCAGUGGCUCUGCCUUGACGUGGAUUAUGCUGUGAGCCAUUGUUGCAAGGUUUGUGUCCUCAUUGUCCAGCUGUCUGGCAGACCUGGAGAAGGGGAACAUGUGUCUAAGUAGCCCAAAGGUCCCUGGACCCCUUGCCAGUGCAGGCUUCACACCAGGCACACAGGUGCUUACUCUCUUCCCUGGCUUUUAGAGGAAUGAGGAUGGAAUAGAGGGCUGUGGCACAGAGGCUCUGCUUCUCUGGCAUUUUGUCUUGCACCACCACAGCACCAUGCACCAGAGUGUGCCGAGGUUUAUGGCAUCUCACUGCUCUUCUGCAAUAAACAUAAUUAACCCAUCACUA